AUGGCUUCAUUUGAAGCCCUGUAUGGAAGACGCUGCAGGACACCUUUGUGUUGGUUUCAGAAGGGAGAAUAUGUGUUAACAGGGCCCGAGUUAGUACAACAGAUUACAGAGAAAGUGAAGCUGAUUCAAGAGCGAAUGCGUGCUUCUCAGAGUAGACAGAAGUCCUAUGCUGACCAGAGACGUAGAACCUUAGAGUUUGAAGUUGGGGAUCAUGUCUUCCUCCAAGUAACUCCUACUACUGGUGUAGGAAGAGCUAUUCGUGCUAGGAAGUUGUCUCCCAGGUACCUUGGUCCUUAUCAGAUCCUAAGACGUAUAGGAUCAGUUGCCUAUGAGAUAGCCAUGCCACCCCGACUUGCAAACCUUCAUCCAGUGUUCCAUGUCUCACAGCUUAGAAAGUAUGUGCCUAAUUCGUCUCAUAUGCUAGAAGCUGAGAAUGUUCAAGUUAGAGAAGAUCUGUCUGUGGAAGUGCAGCCUGUCAGAAUUGAGGAGAGCCAGAACAAGCAACUCAGAGGCAAAACCAUCAGUCUAGUCAAAGUCGUCUGGGAUAGUAGGACUGGUGACUCUACUUGGGAGUUAAAGGGAGUCAUGAGGGAGUCCUAUCCUCACCUUUUCACUGCUCUAAGAGCUGUUCUUGAUCACUGCAUUGCGGGUUGUAGGGUGUUGUCUAGAUUAUUCGCGUGUGGGGUACUGGAGUUGCGGGUCUUUGAGCUGAGCAAAGAAGUUUCAAGACAGAAUUAUGCAGUUUCAUAG